GCCAGCCAAUCAGAAAUUAGAAUGUGGUUGUUUCCGGGUAAAUUACGUGAUCCCACUGUAAGCACGUUCGAUGCGCGCGCACACGGAGUAUAAGAUGGAAGAGCGAGUCAAGAUCCGAUGAAUGCUAUAGACUGACCCACAUGAGUCAGUGUUUCUCCUCAUCAUGGCGCGCAUGUUGGACAGGUUGGUGCUCUGUUUGAGCGGCCUGCAGCUCAUCCUCGCCGCCGAUCAUCCGUCCUAUGUGGCGGCGGUGUACGAGCACCGUGUGCUGCUGAACCCGAACCCAAGAGUCCCGCUGGACCGGAGAUCCGCUCUGGAGCACAUGAAGCAGAACCUGCGUGUGUUUGAAGAGCAGACAGCACUGGCAGCACAGCAGGGUGCUCAGAUCAUAGUGUUUCCAGAAGAUGCCAUCCAUGGGUUCAACUUCACCAGAGCUUCAAUCGCUGGUUAUCUGGAGACAGUUCCUGACCCUCAGAAGGUCACAUGGAGUCCAUGUGCUGAUCCACUCAGAUUUCCAGACACUGAGGUCCUCCACAGUCUCAGCUGUAUGGCUCGUAACAAUAGUCUCUUCCUGGUGGCCAACAUGCCGUCCCGUCAGAGCUGCAACCGAACCUCAGACCCUCGCUGUCCUGAAGACAGUCAGUACCAGUUCAACACCAACGUGGUGUUCAGCGAUCAGGGCAUCAUCGUGGCCCGAUAUCACAAGCAGAACUUGUACUUUGAGGCUGCGUUUGAUGCUCCGCCAGAGUGUGAGUACGUCACGUUUACCACACCGUUCGCAGGCAGAUUUGGGGUGUUUACGUGCUUCGACAUCCUGUUCCGUGACCCAGCGGUGACUCUGGUAAAGGAAAUGGGCAUCCGGCAGAUCGUGUAUCCGACCGCGUGGAUGAACCAGCUCCCCCUGAUGGCCGCCGUUCAGUUUCAGCGCUCGUUCUCGCACGCGACGGGCAUCACGCUGCUGGCCGCCAACGUCCGAGCCGCAGAGUACGGCAUAACCGGCAGCGGCAUCUUCACGCCGUGGGAUUCACUCAUUCAUCAUGACACCGAGGGGAAUUCUGGGAAAUUGCUAGUGCGUAGAGUGCCAGUUUUGGAUCCGUCAUUUAUUGGGGACGACAGGCUUAAACUGGUGCCAUUUUCUGGAUAUCAAAAUUCAAAAGAACCAGAAAAGAUGCAUGUUUGGCCUACAAGUAGUUUUAAUUCAAAUCAUGAUGGAAAGUACUGCCAGAAAGACUCAGAAUAUGCAGAAGGAACGUCAUCUACAACCUUUAACUCCAUCAUGAUGUAUGAUAAUUUCACUCUGGUGCCUUUGCAAGGCACUGAAGGGAACAUCAGCAUUUGUAGUGGUUCAGUUUGCUGCCACCUGCUGUUCCGGAGAUCAGAUGCGCGUGAGUUUUACGCUCUAGGCGUCUUCAAUGGCCUCCAUGUGGUGCAUGGGACAUUUUACCUGGAGAUUUGUGCUCUGGUGAGGUGCACAGGUGAGCAUCACAACAGCUGCGGUGGAGAAACCGAACACGCUCAGACGCUGGUCGACUUCAGGCUCGCGGGGACCUUCACGACGACUCACGUGUUCCCGGGGAUUCUGGGUAGCGGGAUGACUCUGGAUGUUCCGGAUCAUUCCGGUUGGGAAGGUGGAAAUGGGUUUUACAUGAGCCGAACCGGAAUGAGCGCUGGGCUUGUAACCGCAGUGCUGUAUGGGAGACACUAUGAGAAGGACAAUGUCUAAAAUAUACAUGGUUCUUACUCUGGUUUUUAUAGGACACUGAUUGUACUGCAUUAGAAAUGAGAUCAUUAAACCUAAAAGAAAUGCAUUUGUUCACCCAAAAACGAAAGUGGAAAUUUCUGUCAUUUUAAUAAAAAUUGUUCCAAUCCUA